AUGAAACUUUUAGUUUAUGCUGGUUGUGCAAUAGGCGCGUUGUUUUAUGGAAUAGAAAGGAUAAGAGAUGGAAUGGAGGGAGUGAAACCAUAUGCAAAAGAGAUUGUGCAAGGAUGGAACACCACCGUAUACCUGAUGAAUACAGAAAGAGAGAUAAGGAAUAUACCAUUUCCACUACUGAUUCAGCAGCUUAGCAAUUUAGAUGAGUUUGUGAUAGAGAGGGGAGGAAGUGUUUAUGUGAUCAAGCCGUUUAAGUCGAUCCGGAUAGAUUCUAGCGAUGGCAGAUUGAUAUUUGGCAUUUUUUAUGGAAUUGAAAGUGUAACAAAUGAUGAGGUAAUAGUGAAGUAUCUUAUGCAAAAGUGGGAAGGAAAUGUGGAGAUGUACAGUAGUAUUAAGGUUAUGUUUACACCAUAUUCUGGAGAUAAUAGAGUGGAAAGGGUGUAUAGUGGAAGAUCUGAACUGUGCAUAUUACGGGUUCUGACACCCAAACUGAAUCUCAAACAAGAGAUAAGGAUGAUGCAGAUUUCUGCUUUGAAUGUUAAUGAAGAAGGAAAUGAAAAGUAUUGGAUGGAUUGCUUGGGAUAUGAAUCUAUGGAUGGAAGUAAUAAAGAAAUUGUCGAGCAGGAGAUAAAAGUGUUUGAGAAAUUUGAUAAUACAGGUCUCAAUGAAAAGGAUAUAAAGCAUAAGGAUGAUGAAUGA